CCCAGACCAAACUGCCCGAGCAACAUGGUCGUUUUAAGAAUCGUCGCGUGCCUGUGCCUGCUGGUGGGCUUCUCGCUCCAGGUGGACGUGAAAAGUGGGAAAGAGGCAGGAAAAGCCGGGAAUUUCAUGGAAGAUGAGCAAUGGCUGUCAACCAUCUCCCAGUACGGGCGUAAGAUGAAGCACUGGAAUCGCUUCAGAGACGAAGUCGAGGAUGACUACAUCAAAAAUAUGGAGGACAACACGGGCUCCGAUGAAACCAUGGACACCACCAAGGACCCGUGCCAGAAUGUGAAGUGCAGCCGCCAUAAGGUGUGCGUCGCUCAGGGCUACCAGAGGGCCAUGUGUGUCAAUCGCAAGAAACUGGAGCAAAGAGUCAAACAGUCGGGGCAGCUGGAGGCUCAGGAAAACAGCUGCAAGCCCUGUCCUGUUGCUGCCUCCUCACCUGUAUGUGGCUCUGAUGGACACAACUACGCCUCUGAGUGUAAGCUGGAGCAGCAGGCCUGCCUCACAGGCAAAGAGCUGAGCAUCAUGUGUGCUGGCUUCUGCCCCUGCGCCACAGCCUCCGUUACCCUCUCAAAUACUGACACAAAACGCGAGAGCUGCACUGGCCAGGACCUGGCAGACUUGGGAGACCGCCUGAGAGACUGGUUCCAACUCCUUCAUGGAAACGCGAAGCAGAAUAACUCUGGCAAGCUCAGAGCUGGCACCGCUUCAGUGCUGGACAAGAGCCUUGUAGCCAGCUGCAGGGACUCCAUCGGCUGGAUGUUCUCAAGGCUGGACACCAACAGUGACCUGUAUCUGGACCAGGCUGAGCUGGCUGCUAUUAACCUGGACAAGUACGAGGUCUGCAUCCGACCCUUCUUCAACUCCUGUGACAGCUACAAGGAUGGGAAGGUCUCUACAGCAGAGUGGUGCCUCUGCUUUUGGAGAGAAAAGCCGCCGUGCCUCGCUGAGCUGGAGAGGAUCCAAGUGCAGGAGGCGGCCAAGAAGAAGCCCGGAGUGUACAUUCCCAGCUGCGAUGAGGACGGCUACUACAGGAAAGUUCAGUGUGACCAGAGCCGAGGGGAGUGCUGGUGCGUCGACCAGGAUGGAGGAGAGAUGAUGGGCACCAGAAUCCACGGCAACCCUGACUGCGAUGAAGCAGCGGGAUAUUCUGGAGAUUUGGGGAGUGGAGUGGGAUGGGAGGAUGAAGAGGAGAAGGAGGCAGAGGACACCGGAGAGGAGGAGGAAGAGGAGGAGGGCGAGGCAGACGAUGGAGGAUACAUCUGGUAGAAUUGACUGACCCCACGCGGAGAGCCGUGUCACAGCCACUGGCCUGAAAAUCUACAGGGAUGGCUCUCUCUUCAAAGCAAAAGAUUUUGGGAUCGGACCUGGGAGGCAUGGAGUUGUGUAUCAUCCUGGUGGGAUAUGUGGGUCUGGUCAGGUCCAGGGAUGAGACAGAUGACCAGUUUUUGUCUUAGAUAUGUGUAAGUGCUUCAUUCUCUCGUCUCUGUUUUUUGAGCGACAGAGCUUUUUGUUUUGCCGUCCUGAAAAGCAGGACCCACUGACUACUGCACCAUAGGUAGCUAAAGUCCAUCAGAAUUCCUAUCUUGUCCAACCGCCAUCUAUGCAUAUAGAGAUUACCAGUAAUUUUGUAUUGUGUGAACAAUUGCUUGAGUAUUAGAGUCGCUGUCCCACUGGAAUGACUAGAGAUCAGAAUUGAAAUAGUCAUUUUGGGAAACAUGCUUGUUUGCUCUCUUGCAAAGUUUUAUGAGAAACUCGAUACCACUCUUGUGUAGAAUAUAAAGCUAGAGCCAGGAGACGGUUACCUGAGCUUAGCAUAAAGAAACAGGGGAACAGUUGUCUCUGUCGGAAGUAAAAAAGAACAACAAUCGGACCUACCAAAACCUCCAAAUCAUACUAGAUAACAUCUUUUAUCUUGUUUGUUCAAUCAGUAAAAAAAAAAACACAGUACAACAACGACAUUUUGCAUUAUUAUGAAGACUAUCCAGGAAGUCAUUCAAAUUCAAAUUCUUUAUGCAGUUUUUGUACGGAUUAAGCAAACAAAACUGCUUCAGGUUUCAGUCUUUAGUGAAUGAUUAUGUCACUGUUGUGUUCACAGCUGGUUUCUGCCGCCUUCAAGUGGCCAAAUACAUGAGCUAAGCUAACCUCUCAGUCGUAGCUUCAUAUUUACCGUACACACAAGAGACUUCUCAUCUACCUCGAAAUAGAUAGCAAAUAAGCUUAUUUCCCAAAAUAUCAAACUAUUUCAUUUAAGUUCAGUGUAAUGUGGUUAUGUGUGUUUCAGGUUGCCACGGUUUUAAGCUACUUUUAUGAUAAUGGUGCACCACAGCUCAUAGCAGUUUUUAAAUCUUACGUGGAUGCACACAACUAUAAAGGACCUACAUUUCCAGUUGGAUGACUUUUAUUGAAAACCUGUAGAAUGUACUAUAGCGGCCCAAACUACAGUAGAAACCACUAGUCGCUGUCCUCUGCUAACGCUGAAAUCAUGUCAAAGAAUGUGCCACAACUAUGUUUUAUUCUGAGUUUGCAACUGGAAAAACUGUAUUUUGUGUUUUUAAAAAAAAGAAAUGUGUGCAUUACUUGAAGUUCUGUGUGUAUACUUGAAUUCACAUUAUCUUUUUCUAUGAUAAUAUUGUUGCCAUGUCUUCAUUCAUGCUAUUGGUAGGCCAGAUGUUUGGUUGUUUGUAGUAUUGCAUGUUAGUGAAUAAGAAUGUACUUCUAGGCUGAGCACUUUACUAAUAAAGGCACUGGAGCCAAA